GUGGAAGGGGACAAGCAAACUUGAGGGGUCAUGGCUGGUGAGGGUACCAAGGGAAAUCCAUUAAAAGCUUUUGAAUUAUUGGGAAAGGGAAUAAUCAACAGUGUUUUGGAUAAUUUGCUGGAAAAGGACAUACUACAAUUGGAGGAAGAUGAACAAGAAGAGUACCGUGAAGCUCAAGCUAAUGCCAAAGCUGAAAAGAAAGCUAGGGUCCUGCUAAAUUCUUUGACUCGGAAAGCCCGGUAUGCAGGUCAAGUGUUGGCCAGCAGCCUGCUUAACAGUGGUGAACAAGAAAACAAUGAUGAGAAGUCACUAUCUUCUGCUUCUGCAGGAAGCCAGGCCAUGACACCUAAGCCUAUGGGUACACUCAAGCUUUGUUCUCCAAAAGAUUUCCAAAGGCAAAGAAAAGAGAGGGAAGCAGAGAUAUACCCAGUGAAGGAGAAGGAAGGCCGUACACGGUUGGCACUCAUCAUCUGUAAUAUAGAAUUUGAACAUCUCUCUGAAAGGACUGGGGCUGAACUUGAUAUUGAAAGAAUGAAAAUCCUUCUUGAAGAGCUUGGAUACAGUGUGGAUGUGCUAAAGAACCUCACAUCUUUGGAAAUGGAGUCAGCCCUGAAGGAGUUUGCUGCCCGCCCAGAGCACAAAUCAUCUGAUAGCACUUUUGUUGUGUUCAUGUCUCAUGGUAUUCUGGAUGGAAUUUGUGGGAAAAAUCAUCACAGUAAGAACCCAGAUGUGCUUGCUUAUGACACCAUAUUCAGAACUUUAAACACAAAGAAUUGUUUGAAUCUGAAAGACAAACCCAAGGUCAUUAUAAUUCAGGCUUGCCGUGGGGUGAACCGUGGUCAUGUGUGGGUGAGUGAUUCCCCAGAAAUUGCUGAAGACAGCCCAAGUUACCUUCAAGUCUUGGAGGAAGACUCUGUCCAGAAGACCCAUUUAGAAAAGGACUUCAUUACAUUCUGCUCCUCAACUCCACAUAAUGUUUCUUGGAGAGACAUUGAAAAUGGCUCUGUCUUCAUUACAGAGCUCAUCCAUUGUUUCCAACAAUAUUCUUGGUGUUGCCACAUAGAAGGAAUCUUCCGAAAGGUUCAGAAUGCAUUUGAAACUCCCAAAGUUAAGGCCCAAAUGCCCACCAUUGAAAGACUAUCCAUGACAAGAUAUUUCUACCUCUUUCCAGGCAAUUAAACCUAGAAAAUCCAAGUAGCCAGAACAUUAUGUAUCUACUGAUUUAAGUAGAAUAUUUCCUGAUGCAACUAGGAUAAGAAGGAAAGGAUUCAUUGGGAAUAUACAUAUAUGUAAUAUUUAUGGUAAAGGUCAGAUAUCCAAGAUAUGUAGAAAACAAAUAGAAAUAUAUAAAACAAAAAUUCACUCCCAUAUGGAUAAUUGCUUAAGCUGUUCUCCAAAAAAGAAUCCAAACUAUUCAGAACCACAUGAAAAUAAAAUUGCCCAAAUCAAUAAGAUAAAUGAAAACCAAUGAUCCUUGAGGUUUUCUCUCACACCCAUAAAAUCAAUAAAACUUAAAAAAUAUGAAUAAUCAAUAUUGGAGGGAUUGAUGAAAGAUGGGCACACUAAUUCAUGGGUGGUCAAGAUGUGAAUUAAUAAAUCCAGUGAUUUUGGAGAGUAGUUUUGGAUUAUUCAAAUUAAGUGAGUAAAACAGCCUUACUCUUGGAUCCAGAACCU